AAUGCAUUAGCCGUAAACACAAGUGUGUCAAAUUGUUCAGCCACUCCGCAUUAGCAGCAGUGCGGUGACAGCAGCCGACGCACACGCGCGUCGCACAUAGUGUUGUGUGUUGCGGUGGUCCAUGCAUAAAUGAAGUCUCGGAAACGACAAUCGUACCGGCAUUAGUGGCAGAAAACAUCAAAUAAAACAUCGCCCGAAGCCGCGGUGAACAUGCCGAAACUCAAAUUCGGUUUGUUCCCAGUGAUCGGGUUCGUGCUCUUGGGCAUCCUCACGACUCAUUAUCUGUGCAUACGCAGAUGCGGCGACUCGGCUGUCACCGCGAAAUCCGAUCAGCAGAGUUACCGCCUCGUCGUGCUGGUGCUAAGCGCGCCCGAGAACUUGGAGCAACGGGACACCAUAAGAAAAACUUGGCUAGCCGGCAGGUCGCCCGAUGUCAAAGCUUACUUCGCCAUCGGCCUGAUGAACCUCAGGCCGGAGCAAAAGUUGACCCUCGAAUCGGAGCAUAAAAAGCACGGUGAUUUAUUGAUGCUGCCGAGACUGUAUGACUCUUACAAUACCAUUACGAAGAAGGUGCUGCAGAGCUUGACUUAUAUACAUCAGAAUCAUGAAUUUGAAUUCUUGUUGAAAGCUGACGAUGACAGCUUUGCUCUGAUAGAUCAAAUUUUGAGAGAACUGAAUAGGUGGCAACUGAAGGGUACCAAAAGGGAAUUGUACUGGGGAUACUUUGAUGGUCGAGCUAGAGUAAAGAGAAGCGGGCCUUGGAAAGAGACUGAUUGGUUUUUGUGUGAUUUAUACUUACCGUAUGCACUUGGUGGAGGAUACAUUCUAUCCUACAACCUUGUUACAUUUAUUGCAGAUAAUGCUGACUAUUUGAAACUGUAUAAUUCAGAGGAUGUGUCGAUGGGACUUUGGCUAGCUCCUGUCAGUAAUAUAGAACGUCGUCAUGAUACUAGAUUUGACACAGAAUACAGAUCUAGAGGCUGUUCAAAUCAAUAUCUAGUCACUCACAAGCAAAGUAUGGAUGAUAUGCGUAAACUGCAUGAAUCCUAUACUCGUUAUGGUUACAUGUGUUCUCAUGAAGUGAGCAAUUAUCUUGGAUAUCAGUAUAAUUGGACUGUCCCACCAAGUCAGUGCUGUGAAAGAAGACCAGGCAUCGCUUAAAUUUAAUAUUUAGCUAUUUCAAACCAAAUUAAAAUUACCUAUCCAAUGUUUUUUUCCAGUCAAUUAACAAAAAAAAAACAUUUUUACCAUGUGAUAAUUCAUCAUUAUUAUGAUCCUGAUAAAAGUUGGAUGUAUCUUCAUUGAGUGCCAUAAUGGCAGACUUUUAUACUUUAAAACAGCUAAAAAUGAGCUUCAUUUUUUCUGCUAAAACUUCGAAAAAAAAUAGGUACUUUGAUUUUAUCGUCAUUCCAAUUAUACGCUUAUUGUAGAAUUAAAAUCAAUCUAUUUCGUGAUUGUUAUUGUAUACUCUUUCAACUAGUGAUUUUUAUCUAAUAUUAUAUUGUAAUCAACUUUAAACUCAAUAUUCUCUAGUCUAAAAAGUAUACAAUUUAUUGAAGAUCUUUUCUAGUGUAAUCAUGAAUUUCUGGUGCCUCUUCUAAUUUUUAUAGAUAGAAAAGGGUAUGCUUUGAGCGAAACUUUAAACAAGGGCAUUUGUACGCUCUUGCAGUCUUGAACCUUAAUAUUUAAUAUGUAUAUCAGAAAAUAAGUUGAAAAAAAUCCAUUCGAGUUUUGAUUUCAGAAAGUUUUUGAAUGUGGAAAUUUCAAUACCCUCACAAAGAUUUUAUCAAAAUUUCCGUACCACAUUUUUUUUUAAACGUUUCAUUAUGAAUAUUAUGUAAAUAUAAUGUACAUACAAAAUAAAGUUACUCCAUAGGGUUUAGUUGAAAACUGCCUUAUUAUAAAUCAAAUAAAUACAUUUGUGUAAUAUUUAAUAUUUUUAUUGUAAUAAAGAGUAUUAAAAUAAUAAAGUAAACAAUUGUAAUGCACUUAGAUAAUUUACAUACGUGUAUUAACAGUAUAAAUCAUUCAUAUCUAGUCUUUUAAAUUUCAUGUAAAAAAAUGUAUCUAAUGCCUUUAAUUGAAACCAUUUUCUAUAAGAAAUGUACAAAAUUUGUCUCUCUGUCCACAUAAACAUUUUAUAACUAUAAUAUACAAAUCAACUUCAUGGGACAGAAAUAUAAACACAAUUUACAAAUUAAAA